AUGAAACCACUUGGGGGAACAGAGAACAAGAAAAUUGACAGAAAGGUAAGAUUUGAACCAUUGAAAUGAUUAUAUUCAUCAGUAUAUCUGUAAUACAUAUUAGUCAAUCAAAAUCGAUUUGGACUCAAACAUGUAGGCCUAUUUUGUUCUUAGCUUGUUGACUGAAAUUGGAAUAACAAUGUGUUUCUAAAAUGUACCUAUGUAACUAGUCCUACCAUGUACAUAUAUUUAGGUUUUAGGAGCCAUUACUGUGGUAUAAAGUGAGUGUUUUAGAAACACUGGUUUAGAAUAGCCACUGGUCUAAUCUCCCUGGUCUGAUCUCCUUUCAUCUUUCUCUUGUAGCUCCUCAAGCCUCAGGUGGAGAGACGUCGGAGAGAGAGAAUGAACCACAGUCUGGAGAGCCUGAGAACACUACUGCUGCAGGGACCACUACACCAGGUAUGAAGUUCACCUCUAACUUGACUCUGCUCUAAAUGCAGCUCAUACAGGUGUCAGCUCCUCUGAGAAGUGUAGCAUGACUGUGCAUUAAUCUGCCCUCUCUCUCUCCAACAGGGUGUGACUCAACGUAGAGUGGAGAAAGCUGAGAUCCUGGAACACACUGUUCUCUUUCUCCAGAACACUGGUGAUGGGGACAGGAAGAAAGCUGAAGGUGGAGGACAGCAACAUUCCUUCCAGGAAGGCUUCUCAGGCUGCCUGCAGAGAGCUGUACACUUCCUGGGGCACGAAGGGGAGGGGCUGCAGCUGGAGGCAGCACUGAACACUACUUUCUCUGCUCGUCUGAACAGCCAUGUUUGUAUGAGCACCGAAGUCCCGGCUAAAGCCCACUCUUCCAACUCUCUGCCCAGCACAAUGUGCCACCAGUCCUCACACCUGAUGAAGAUACAGGAGUCCCACUACAAACAACAGCUUUGUGAAGUCUACAGGAGACAUCUGUCUCAUGCUCACAGAGCUCCACUCCGACAUGGAGAUCCCAACCCUCCCCAGCAGCCCCACAGACACUCUGCCAAGGAAGCCCAAUCCCAGAACCUCCCAGCCAGCCAGUCUGUGUGGAGGCCUUGGCCCUGAUCCAGCACAGGAGCCUGAAUUGGGAUAUUGAACUGUAAAACAAAUGUAAUAUCCUAUGAACUGAUAACCAGGAUGCCACAUCCUUUGCUGCUGAGGUUGCUAUGGAGUUAUUAAUUCAUGCAGUGUUGUGAACACUGGAUUUAGGGAGUCCAUAGAUUUGCACUGAUAUGACAAUAUUGUACAGCAAAGCAAAUAUCAAUUCUAAAUAUUGUACAAUUACUCUAUACUUUAGUAUUACAACAUGUACUAUGUAUAACUUGUAGUACUCUGAUAUCUUGUCUAUUUUUGCACAUUAAUUUAUUCUGGGACUUGUUCCUAUGUUUUUCAAAGAUAUAGGCCUGUAUGUUGAAAUACAAAUAAAACACAUUCCUUUAAAAACAUUGUCUCAAUGGUAUCUUAUUUAGUAAUGUGUAGAAGUAUCAAAUGUGUUUUUGGUUAUGGUUGUCAUCUGCUGAUGUAAUGGCACGUUCCAGCACGUUCCGAUGCCAGUUAAAAGUAUUGCAAAGUUAUCAUGGAUUUGCAUUUCAUUGAUAACUGGCACUUGUGUGUUUGAGUCAAAGGUGUGCAGAGACCACACGCUUUGACAAAUCAAAUUUUAUUUGUCACAUACACGUGUUUAGCAGAUGUUAUUGCGGGUGUAGCGAAAUUAUUGUGCUUCUAGCUCCGACAGUGCAGUAAUAUCUAACAAUUUCACAACAUAUACCCAAUACACACAAAUCUAGUAAGGAAUGGAAUUUAAGAAUACAUAUAUAUAUGGACAAGCAAUGCCAGAGCAGCAUGGACUAAGAUACUGUCGAAUAUUAUAGAAUAGAAUACAGUAUAUACAUAUGAGAUGAGUAGUGCAAGAUAUGUAAACAUUAUUAAAGUGACUAGUGUUCAAUUUCUUAAAGUGGCCAGUGAUUUCAAUAGGCAGCAGCACCCUCUAAUGUGCUAGUGAUGGCUAUUUAACAGUCUGAUGGCCUUGAGAUAGAAGUUGUUUUUCAUUCUCUCUGUCCCAGCUUUGAUGCACCUGUACUGACCUCGCCUUCUGGAUGAUAGCGGGGUGAACCUGCAGUGGCUUGGGUGGUUGAUGUCCUUGAUGAUCUUUUUAGCCUUCCUGUAACAUCGGGUGCUGUAGGUGUCUUGGAGGGCAGGUAGUUUGCCCCCGGUAAUGCGUUUGGCAGACCGCACCACCCUCUGCAGAGCCCUGCGGUUGCGGGCGGUGCAGUUGCCGUACCAAGCGGUGAUACAGCCCGACAGGAUGCUCUCAAUUGUGCAUCUGUAAAAGUUUGUGAGGGUUUUAGGUGCCAAGCCAAAUUUCUUCAGCCUUCUGAGGUUGAAAAAGCUCUGUUGCGCCUUCUUCACCACACUGUCUGCGUGGGUGGACACCUCAAGAUGUUAGGUCGGGGACAAGAACAUCAAAGUGCUCAGUGACAGCGACCUUCAAUCACACCUGAAAUUCUAAAGAACAUUUUAAGGGCAUUUUUAUAUCCUGAGAGGGUUCAGACUGCCGAAAACAAGGAGCUUUUCUUUACAUUCUCACAUAUACACAAAUUAUGUCCUUGUUGUCUCCUUGGGGUAUUGGAACGGAUCAUUCAUUCACAGUAAUUUGUUCAGAGGUUCAUGGUACAAUGUUAUAUUUUUCUUAACAGAUUAUUUUUUCUUUCAUAGGCCUAUGGCCUAGGCUUUAUAACAAAUUAUUCCUAAACCAGCAGUGGGACAAUCUUGGUUUAAGGAGCUUUUACAUAUAUUGAACGAUUUACUCUCAAAUAUCGAGACUAGCCUACAGUCUAAAAGCAACUUCCAACGUAAUUAACAUUCAUUAAUAGUAGUAAGCCUAUGCUAAUAAUAUUUAACAAAUGUGGUUCAUCAUCAGUACAACUACAAUGUGUGCCUAUUAAAAGUGGCAAUCGAAAGUAAUCUGAACAGAUCCUAUUAAUUUAAGACAAAUAUUUAUAUCACCAAAUUAUUAGAAAUGUUCUGUGAUGGAACUUACAUUUUUUGUCAUUUAGCAGACGCUCUGGGGCGACUUACAGUAGUGAAUGCAUUCAUUUUCAUAGCCUAUUACUUGUCCCCCGUGGGAAUGGAAACCACAAUCCUGGUAUUGCAAUUGCCACGCUCUACCCACUGAGCCACACGGAACCACAAUUACUUCCAAAUAUAUUAUUAAAUCACAUUACCUUCUUCAGACGUACCGUUUACAACAUAUGCUCAAUAUAGGCCCCAUUUUUUACGAUUAACGAUUAACCUGAAAUAGUUCUAUUGACAUGCCAAGAAAAUGAGGAGACCAAAUGUAUCUAUGGUCCCUGAUGUGAUACACUGAGAAAUUGUCCUGAGCAUUUUCCCUUGAGAAAAGGAGUAGGAUAGAUAACAGUUUGUUCUUUAUUACCUGUUAGAAUUUGUACAUAAUUAGGCAAAAGCUGCCACCGACUGUCUGGUGGAGCAUUCCCAGGUUCCCAGUUCUCAUGCGCACAUAUUGACAUGUGAAACGUUACUUAACAUAGGCUAAUAUUACAAUAUAAUUAAAUCUAAAUAAUAUUAUAUAUGUAAUAGUCAAUUGUAUUAAAGCAAUAUUCAUCCACUAACAAAUCAGAAACGCGUGUUGGGUCUGUGAGUAAAAUGCUGUGCCAAUUGGAAAGCCAAUACCUUUCGGCUGUGCGUGUGCCUGUCUGUGUUUGAGAGUCUGAGGUGUCACUUAAUUCAUUUGUAAAUCCGUGUCACACUGGAGACUGUUCGACUCUCGCCUACACCUCUCUUGUAAUAAUUACAAUACGCGUGCCAUUUCUUAGCGCUUUCAUACACAUGCCCACGGGUGUUACUGCGGAUGUAAUGGCUUGUAUCGAAGCACCAUGAGGUCUUCUUUGAUUUCCAAGUUGUUAAUACUGGGUACAGCGUGAGAAAGCACGACAAUGAUCUGUGUCGAAAUAAUUUCAACCAACUGCUCUCUUCACUUUACUGGGUUACAUUGGCCAUCAGCCCGUUUCAAUAGGCCUUCAGAUUUUUCCACCCCAUUAUGCUAUUUAUCCUCCUUAUGACUAUGCUGACUUCUAUGAAUUCAAUUUGUAUUCCUUUUCUAACUUGUGAAGGCUACUCUACUGUAUUUCAACAGUACAAAGCGCGUGCCGCAAUGCUCAGGGAUUGGCUACCGUUAGCGAUGGGAGGAGUCCAAAGUCACCGCUUAUUCCUAUGGACUUAAAAGUCGUCCAGGGUAAGAAAUGCCAUAUUGAGACUCUUCUUCAGUGACAUGGCACAGAGAAAUACUACUGUUCUUCUUGAUUAUUUACAUCUGGACAUUCUUUGACCUCUGGAUAAAUACGCUUUUUAAGGACAACAGCAGCUUGUUGAUUAGCAAAAAUGAAACCACUUGGGGGAACAGAGAACAGGAAAAUUGACAGAAAGGUAAGAUUUGAACCUUUGAAGUGAUUAUAUUAAUCAGUAUAUAUGUAAUACAUAUUAGUCAAUCAAAAUCGAUUUGGACUCAAACAUGUAGGCCUAUUUUGUUCUUAGCUUGUUGACUGAAAUUGGAAUAACAAUGUGUUCAUAAAAUGUACCUAUGCAACUAGUCCUACCAUGUAAAUAUAUUUAGGUUUUAGGAGCCCUUAUUAUAGUAUAAAGUGAGUGUUUUAGACACACUGGUUUACCAGAGACACUGGUCUAAUCUCCCUGUGAUGAUCUCCUUUCAUCUUUCAAUUGUAGCUUCUCAAGCCUCAGGUGGAGAGACGUCGGAGAGAGAGAAUGAACCACAGUCUGGAGAGCCUGAGAACACUACUGCUGCAGGGACCACUACAUCAGGUAUGAAGUUCACCUCUAACUUGACUCUGCUCUAAAUGCAGCUCAUACAGGUGUCAGCUCCUCUGAGAAGUGUAGCAUGACUGUGCAUUAAUCUGCCCUCUCUCUCUCCAACAGGGUGUGACUCAGCAUAGAGUGGAGAAAGCUGAGAUCCUGGAACACACUGUUCUCUUUCUCCAGAACACUGGUGAUGGGGACAGGAAGAAAGCUGAAGGUGGAGAACAGCAACAUUCCUUCCAGGAAGGCUUCUCAGGCUGCCUGCAGAGAGCUGUACACUUCCUAGGGCACGAAGGGGAGGGGCUGCAGCUGGAGGCAGCACUGAACACUACUUUCUCUACCUGUCUGAACAGCCAUGUUUGUAUGAGUACCGAAGUCCCGGCUAAAGCCCACUCUUCCAACUCUCUGCCCAGCACAAUGUGCCACCAGUCCUCACACCUGAUGAAGAUACAGGAGUCCCACUACAGACAACAGCUUUGUGAAGUCUACAGGAGACAUCUGUCUCAUGCUCACAGAGCUCCACUCCGACAUUGUGAUCCCAACCCUCCCCAGCAGCCCCACAGACACUCUGCCAAAGAAGCCCAAUCCCAGAACCUCCCAGCCAGCCAGUCUGUGUGGAGGCCUUGGCCCUGAUCUGGCACAAGAGCCUGAAUUGGGAUAUUGAACUGUAAAACAAAUGUAAUAUCCUAUGAACUGAUAACCAGGAUGCCACAUCCUUUGCUGCUGAGGUUGCUAUGGAGUUACUAAUUUAUGCAGUGUUGUGAACACGGACUCAGGGUUUCCAUAGAUUUGCAUUGAUAUGACAAUGUUGUACUGCAAAGCAAAUAUCAGUUCUAAAUAUCAUUCAAUUACUCUAUACUUUAGUAUUACAACAUGUACUAUGUAUAACUUGUAGUACUCUGAUAUCUUGUCUAUUUUUGCACAUUAAUUUAUUCUGGGACUUGUUCCUAUGUUUUUCAAAGAUAUAGGCCAGUAUGUUGAAAUACAAAUAAAACACAUUCCUUUAAAAACAUUGUCUCAAUGGUAUCUUAUUCAGUAAUGGGUUGUCAUCUGCUUAUGUAAUGGCACGUUCCAGCACGUUCCGAAUCCAGUUAAAAGUAUUGCAAAGUUAUCAUGGAUUUGCAUUUCAUUGAUAGUUGGCACCUGUGUGUUUGAGUCAAAGGUGCGUAGAGACCACGCGCUUUGACACCUUAAGAUGUUAGGUCCGGGCAAGAACUUCAAAGUGCUCAGUGACAGCAGCCUUCAAUCACACCUGAAAUUCAAAGGAAUAUUUUAAGGGCUUUUUAUGACCCGAGAGGGUUCGGACUGCCGAAAACAAGGAGCUUCUCUUGACAUUCUCACAUAUACAAAAAGUAUGUCCUCGUCGACUCCUUUGGGUAACGGAUCAUUCAUUCACAGUAUGAAAAAUGUAUACACUCACUAACAGUAAGUCGCUCUGUAUAAGAGCGUCUGCUAAAUGACUAAAAUGUAAAAUGUAAAAUGUAAUUUGUUCAGAGGUUCAUGGUACAAUAUUACAUUUUUCUUAACAGAUUUUUUUUUCUUUCAUAGGCCUAUGGUAUGCAGGCUUUAUAACAAAUUAUUCCUAAACCAGCAGUGGGACAGCUUUGGUUUAAGGAGCGUUUACAUAUUUUGAACAAUUUACUCUCAAAUAUCGAGACUAGCCUACACCCUAAAAUCAUCUUCCAACGUAAUUAACAUUAAUUCAUAUUAGUAAGCCUAAGCUAAUAAUAUUUAACAAAUGUGGUUCAUCAUCAGUACAAUUACAAUGUGUGCCUAUUAAAAGUGGCAAUCGAAAGUAAUCAGAACAGAGCCUAUUAAUUUAAGUCUGGGACAGAAGGCACAUUUUUUAGAAAAGACAGAUACUUAUAUCACCAAACUAUUAGAAAUGUUCUGUGAUGAAACUUACAAUUUCAUCAUUCAGCAAACGCUCUAGAGCGACAUACAGUAGUGAGUGCAAUUAUUUUCAUAUUUGAUCGUUCUUAUCCCCCGUGGUAAUUGAACCCACAAUCCUGGUAUUGCAAUUGCCAUGCUCUACCAACUGAGCCACAAUUACUUCCAAAUAUAUUAUUAAAUCACACUACCUUCUUCAGACGUACCGUUUACAACAUGUGGCUUAAUAUUGGCCCCAUUUUUUAUAAUGAAUAACCUGAAAUAGUUCUAUUGACAUGCCAAGAAAAUGAGGAGACCAAAUUCAUCCAUGGUCCCUGAUGUGAUACACUGAGAAAUUGUCCUGAGCUUUUUCCCUUGGGAAAAGGAGUAGGAUAGAUAACAGUUUGUUCUUUAUUACCUGUUAGAAUUUGUACAUAAUUAGGCAAAAGCUGCCACCGACUGUCUGGUGGAGCAUUCCCAGGUUCCCAGUUCUCAUGAGCACAUAUUGACAUGUGAAACGUUACUUAACAUAGGCUAAUAUUACAAAAUAAUUAAAUCUAAAUAAUAUUAUAUAUGUAAUAGUCAAUUGUAUUAAAGCAAUAUUCAUCCACUAAGAAGUCAGAAACGCGUGUUGGGUCUCUGCGUAAAAUGCAGUGCCAAUUGGAAUGCGCAAUACCUUUCGGCUGUGCGUGUGCCUGUCUGUGUUUGAGAGUCUGAGGUGUCACUUAAUUCAUUUGUAAAUCCGUGUCACACUGGAGACUGUUCGACUCUCGCCUACACCUCUCUUGUAAUAAUUACAAUACGCGUGCCAUUUGUUAGCGCUUUCAUACACAUGCCCAAGGGUGUUACUGCGGAUGUGAUGGCUUGUACCGAAGCGCCAUGAGGUCUUCUUUGAUUUCCAAGUUGUUAAAACUCGGUACAGAGUGAGAAAGCGAGACAACGAUCUGUGUCGAAAUAAUUUCAACCAACUGCUCUCUUCACUUUACUGGGUUACAUUGGCCAUCAGCCCGUUUCAAUAGGCCUUCAGAUUUUUACACCCCAUUAUAUAAUAUAAUGUAUAAUAUAAUAUGUAAUAUAAUAUAUCAUUAUAUAUAAUAUAAUAUGCCAUUUAGCAGACACUUUUAUCCAAAGCGACUUACAGUCAUGCGUGCAAAUGUUAUGCUAUGUAUCAUCCUUAUGACUAUGCUGACUUCUUCUAUGAAUUCACUUUGUAUUCCAUUUCUAACUUGUGAAGGCUACUCUACUGUAUUUCAACAGUACAAGGCGCGUGCCAAGAAGCUCAGGUAUUGGCUACCGAUAGCGAUGGGAGGAGUCCAAAGUUACCGCUUAUUCCUAUGGACUUAAAAAUCGUCCAGGGAAAGAAAUGCCAUAUUGAGACUCUUCUUCAAUGACUUAGCACAGAGAAAUACAACUGUUGUUCUUGAUUAUUUACAUCUGGACAUUCUCUGACCUUUGGAUAAAUACGCUUUUUAAGGACAACAGCAGCUUGUUGGUUAACAAAGAUGAAACCACUUGGGGGAACAGAGAACAGGAAAAUUGACAGAAAGGUACGAUUUGAACCUUUGAAAUGAUUAUAUUCAUCAGUAUGUAUGUAAUACAUAUUAGUCAAUCAAAAUCGAUUUGGACUCAAACAUGUAGGCCUAUUUUGUUCUUAGCUUGUUGAUUGAAAGUGGAAUAAUAAUGUGUUCCUAAAAUGUACCUAUGCAACUAGUCCUACCAUGUAAAUAUAUUUAGAUUUUAGGAGCCCUUAUUAUAGUAUAAAGUUAAUGUUUUAGACACACUGGUUUACCAGAGACACUGGUCUAAUCUCCCUGUGAUGAUCUCCUUUCAUCUUUCUCUUGUAGCUCCUCAAGCCUCAGGUGGAGAGACGUCGGAGAGAGAGAAUGAACCACAGUCUGGAGAGCCUGAGAACACUACUGCUGCAGGGACCACUACAUCAGGUAUGAAGUUCACCUCUAACUUGACUCUGCUCUAAAUGCAGCUCAUACAGGUGUCAGCUCCUCUGAGAAGUGUAGCAUGACUGUGCAUUAAUCUGCCCUCUCUCUCUCCAACAGGGUGUGACUCAGCAUAGAGUGGAGAAAGCUGAGAUCCUGGAACACACUGUUCUCUUUCUCCAGAACACUGGUGAUGGGGACAGGAAGAAAGCUGAAGGUGGAGAACAGCAACAUUCCUUCCAGGAAGGCUUCUCAGGCUGCCUGCAGAGAGCUGUACACUUCCUGGGGCACGAAGGGGAGGGGCUGCAGCUGGAGGCAGCACUGAACACUACUUUCUCUGCUCGUCUGAACAGCCAUGCUUGUAUGAGUACCGAAGUCCCGGCUAAAGCCCACUCUUCCAACUCUCUGCCCAGCACAAUGUGCCACCAGUCCUCACACCUGAUGAAGAUACAGGAGUCCCACUACAGACAACAGCUUUGUGAAGUCUACAGGAGACAUCUGUCUCAUGCUCACAGAGCUCCACUCCGACAUUGUGAUCCCAACCCUCCCCAGCAGCCCCACAGACACUCUGCCAAAGAAGCCCAAUCCCAGAACCUCCCAGCCAGCCAGUCUGUGUGGAGGCCUUGGCCCUGAUCUGGCACAAGAGCCUGAAUUGGGAUAUUGAACUGUAAAACAAAUGUAAUAUCCUAUGAACUGAUAACCAGGAUGCCACAUCCUUUGCUGCUGAGGUUGCUAUGGAGUUACUAAUUUAUGCAGUGUUGUGAACACGGACUCAGGGUUUCCAUAGAUUUGCAUUGAUAUGACAAUGUUGUACUGCAAAGCAAAUAUCAGUUCUAAAUAUCAUUCAAUUACUCUAUACUUUAGUAUUACAACAUGUACUAUGUAUAACUUGUAGUACUCUGAUAUCUUAUCUAUUUUUGCACAUUAAUUUAUUCUGGGACUUGUUCCUAUGUUUUUCAAAGAUAUAGGCCAGUAUAUUGAAAUACAAAUAAAACACAUUCCUUUAAAAACAUUGUCUCAAUGGUAUCUUAUUCAGUAAUGGGUUGUCAUCUGCUUAUGUAAUGGCACGUUCCAGCACGUUCCGAAUCCAGUUAAAAGUAUUGCAAAGUUAUCAUGGAUUUGCAUUUCAUUGAUAGUUGGCACCUGUGUGUUUGAGUCAAAGGUGCGUAGAGACCACGCGCUUUGACACCUCAAGAUGUUAGGUCCGGGCAAGAACUUCAAAGUGCUCAGUGACAGCAGCCUUCAAUCACACCUGAAAUUCAAAGGAAUAUUUUAAGGGCUUUUUAUAACCCGAGAGGGUUCGGACUGCCGAAAACAAGGAGCUUCUCUUGACAUUCUCACAUAUACAAAAAGUAUGUCCUCGUCGACUCCUUUGGGUAACGGAUCAUUCAUUCACAGUAUAAAAAUUUAUAAACUCACUAACAGUAAGUCGCUCUGUAUAAGAGCGUCUGCUAAAUGACUAAAAUGUAAAAUGUAAAAUGUAAUUUGUUCAGAGGUUCAUGGUACAAUAUUACAUUUUUCUUAACAGAUUUUUUUUUCUUUCAUAGGCCUAUGGUAUGCAGGCUUUAUAACAAAUUAUUCCUAAACCAGCAGUGGGACAGCUUUGGUUUAAGGAGCGUUUACAUAUUUUGAACAAUUUACUCUCAAAUAUCGAGACUAGCCUAAUUAAUAUUAGUAAGCCUAAGCUAAUAAUAUUUAACAAAUGUGGUUCAUCAUCAGUACAAUUACAAUGUGUGCCUAUUAAAAGUGGCAAUCGAAAGUAAUCAGAACAGAGCCUAUUAAUUUAAGUCUGGGACAGAUGGCACUUUUUUUUUUUAGAAAAGACAGAUACUUAUAUCACCAAACUAUUAGAAAUGUUCUGUGAUGAAACUUACAAUUUCAUCAUUCAGCAAACGCUCUAGAGCGACAUACAGUAGUGAGUGCAAUUAUUUUCAUAUUUGAUCGUUCUUAUCCCCCGUGGUAAUUGAACCCACAAUCCUGGUAUUGCAAUUACCAUGCUCUACCAACUGAGCCACAAUUACUUCCAAAUAUAUUAUUAAAUCACACUACCUUCUUCAGACAUACCGUUUACAACAUGUGGCUUAAUAUAGGCCCCUUUUUUUAUAAUGAAUAACCUGAAAUAGUUCUAUUGACAUGCCAAGAAAAUGAGGAGACCAAAUUAAUAUAUGGUCCCUGAUGUGAUACACUGAGAAAUUGUCCUGAGCAUUUUCCCUUGAGAAAAGGAGUAGGAUAGAUAACAGUUUGUUCUUUAUUACCUGUUAGAAUUUGUACAUAAUUAGGCAAAAGCUGCCACCGACUGUCUGGUGGAGCAUUCCCAGGUUCCCAGUUCUCAUGCGCACAUAUUGACAUGUGAAACGUUACUUAACAUAGGCUAAUAUUACAAAAUAAUUAAAUCUAAAUAAUAUUAUAUAUGUAAUAGUCAAUUGUAUUAAAGCAAUAUUCAUCCACUAAGAAGUCAGAAACGCGUGUUGGGUCUCUGCGUAAAAUGCAGUGCCAAUUGGAAUGCGCAAUACCUUUCGGCUGUGCGUGUGCCUGUCUGUGUUUGAGAGUCUGAGGUGUCACUUAACUCAUUUGUAAAUCCGUGUCACACUGGAGACUGUUCGACUCUCGCCUACACCUCUCUUGUAAUAAUUACAAUACGCGUGCCAUUUGUUAGCGCUUUCAUACACAUGCCCACGGGUGUUACUGCGGAUGUGAUGGCUGGUACCGAAGCGCCAUGAGGUCUUCUUUGAUUUCCAAGUUGUUAAAACUCGGUACAGAGUGAGAAAGCGAGACAACGAUCUGUGUCGAAAUAAUUUCAACCAACUGCUCUCUUCACUUCACUGGGUUAUAUUGGCCAUCAGUCCGUUUCAAUAGGCCUUCAGAUUUUUACACCCCAUUAUAUAAUAUAAUGUAUAAUAUAAUAUGUAAUAUAAUAUAUAAUAAUAUAUAAUAUAAUAUGCCAUUUAGCAGACACUUUUAUCCAAAGCGACUUACAGUCAUGCGUGCAAAUGUUAUGCUAUGUAUCAUCCUUAUGACUAUGCUGACUUCUUCUAUGAAUUCACUUUGUAUUCCAUUUCUAACUUGUGAAGGCUACUCUACUGUAUUUCAACAGUACAAGGCGCGUGCCGCGAUGCUCAGGUAUUGGCUACCGAUAGCGAUGGGAGGAGUCCAAAGUUACCGCUUAUUCCUAUGACCUUUUAUUUUUUUAUUUUUUUUUAUUUCACCUUUAUUUAACCAGGUAAGCCAGUUGAGAACAGGUUCUCAUUUACAACUGCGACCUGGCCAAGAUAAAGCAAAAUAGUGCAAUAAAAACAACACAGAGUUACAUAUGGGGUAAAAAAAACAUAAAGUCAGAAAUACAACAGAAAAUAUAUAUACAGUGUGUGCAAAUGUAGCAAGUUAUGGAGGUAAGGCAAUAAAUAGGCUAUAGUGCAGAAUAAUUACAAUAGUAUUAACACUGGAAUGCUAGAUGUGCAAGAGAUGAUGUGCAAAUAGAGAUACUGGGGUGCAAAAGAGCAAAAUAAAUAACAAUAUAGGGAUGAGGUAGUUGGGUGGGCUAAUUUCAGAUGGGCUGUGUACAGGUGCAGUGAUCGGUAAGGUGCUCUGACAACUGAUGCUUAAAGUUAUUGAGGGACAUAAGAGUCUCCAGCUUCAGAGAUUUUUGCAAUUCGUUCCAGUCAUUGGCAGCAGAGAACUGGAAGGAAUGGCGGCCAAAGGAGGUGUUGGCUUUGGGAAUGACCAGUGAGAUAUACCUGCUGGAGCGCAGACUACGGGUGGGUGCUGCUAUGGUGACCAAUGAGCUAAGAUAAGGCGGGGAUUUGCCUAGCAGUGAUUUAUAGAUGGCCUGGAGCCAGUGGGUUUGACGACGAACAUGUAGUGAGGACCAGCCAACAAGAGCGUACAGGUCACAGUGGUGGGUAGUGUAUGGGGCUUUGGAGACAAAACGGAUGGCACUGUGAUAGACUACAUCCAAUUUGCUGAGUAGAGUGUUGGAGGCUAUUUUGUAAAUGACAUCGCCGAAGUCAAGGAUCGGUAGGAUAGUCAGUUUUACGAGGGCAUGUUUGGCAGCAUGAGUGAAGGAGGCUUUGUUUGCGAAAUAGGAAGCCGAUUCUAGAUUUAACUUUGGAUUGGAGAUUCUUUAUGUGAGUCUGGAAGUUGAGUUUACAGUCUAACCAGACACCUAGAUAUUAGUAGUUGUCCACAUACUCUAGGUCAGACCCGUCGAGAGUGGUGAUUCUAGUCGGGUGGGCGGGUGCUAGCAGCGUUCGAUUGAAAAGCAUGCAUUUAGUUUUACUAGUGUUUAAGAGCAGUUGAAGGCUACUGAAGGAUUGUUGUAUGGCAUUGAAGCUCGUUUGGAGGUUUGUUAACACAGUGUCCAAUGAAGGGCCAGAUGUAUACAAAAUGGUGUCGUCUGCGUAGAGGUGGAUCUGAGAGUCACCAGCAGCAAGAGCGACAUCAUUGAUAUACACAGAGAAAAGUGUCGGCCCAAGAAUUGAACCCUGUGGCACCCCCAUAGAGACUGCCAUAGGUCCAGACAACAGGCCUGUCUUUCCCUGACUUAAAAGUCGUCCAGGGAAAGAAAUGCCAUAUUGAGACUCUUCUUCAAUGACUUAACACAGAGAAAUAUAACUGUUGUUCUUGAUUAUUUACAUCUGGACAUUCUCUGACCUCUGGAUAAAUACGCUUUUUAAGGACAACAGCAGCUUGUUGGUUAACAAAAAUGAAACCACUUGGGGGAACAGAGAACAGGAAAAUUGACAGAAAGGUACGAUUUGAACCUUUGAAAUAAUUAUAUUCAUCAGUAUGUAUGUAAUACAUAUUAGUCAAUCAAAAUCGAUUUGGACUCAAACAUGUAGGCCUAUUUUGUUCUUAGCUUGUUGAUUGAAAGUGGAAUAAUAAUGUGUUCCUAAAAUGUACCUAUGCAACUAGUCCUACCAUGUAAAUAUAUUUAGAUUUUAGGAGCCCUUAUUAUAGUAUAAAGUUAAUGUUUUAGACACACUGGUUUACCAGAGACACUGGUCUGAUCUCCCUGGUCUGAUCUCCUUUAAUCUUUCUCUUGUAGCUCCUCAAGCCUCAGGUGGAGAGACGUCGGAGAGAGAGAAUGAACCACAGUCUGGAGAGCCUGAGAACACUACUGCUGCAGGGACCACUACAUCAGGUAUGAAGUUUACCUCUAACUUGACUCUGCUCUAAAUGCAGCUCAUACAGGUGUCAGCUCCUCUGAGAAGUGUAGCAUGACUGUGCAUUAAUCUGCCCUCUCGGCUCUCCAACAGGGUGUGACUCAACGUAGAGUGGAGAAAGCUGAGAUCCUGGAACACACUGUUCUCUUUCUCCAGAACACUGGUGAUGGGGACAGGAAGAAAGCUGAAGGUGGAGAACAGCAACAUUCCUUCCAGGAAGGCUUCUCAGGCUGCCUGCAGAGAGCUGUACACUUCCUGGGGCACAAAGGGGAGGGGCUGCAGCUGGAGGCAGCACUGAACACUACUUUCUCUGCUCAUCUGAACAGCCAUGUUUGUAUGAGCACCGAAGUCCCGGCUAAAGCCCACUCUUCCAACUCUCUGCCCAGCACAAUGUGCCACCAGUCCUCACACCUGAUGAAGAUACAGGAGUCCCACUACAGACAACAGCUUUGUGAAGUCUACAGGAGACAUCUGUCUCAUGCUCACAGAGCUCCACUCCGACAUUGUGAUCCCAACCCUCCCCAGCAGCCCCACAGACACUCUGCCAAAGAAGCCCAAUCCCAGAACCUCCCAGCCAGCCAGUCUGUGUGGAGGCCUUGGCCCUAAUCUGGCACAAGAGCCUGAAUUGGGAUAUUGAACUGUAAAACAAAUGUAAUAUCCUAUGAACUGAUAACCAGGAUGCCACAUCCUUUGCUGCUGAGGUUGCUAUGGAGUUAUUAAUUUAUACAGUGUUGUGAACACCGGAUUUAGGGACUCCAUAGAUUUGCACUGAUAUGACAAUAUUGUACAGCAAAGCAAAUAUCAAUUCUAAAUAUUGUACAAUUACUCUAUACUUUAGUAUUACAACAUGUACUAUGUAUAACUUGUAGUACUCUGAUAUCUUAUCUGUUUUUGCACAUUAAUUUAUUCUGGGACUUGUUCCUAUGUUUUUCAAAGAUAUAGGCCAGUAUGUUGAAAUACAAAUAAAACACAUUCCUUUAAAAACAUUGUCUCAAUGGUAUCUUAUUCAGUAAUGGGUUGUCAUCUGCUUAUGUAAUGGCACGUUCCAGCACGUUCCGAAUCCAGUUAAAAGUAUUGCAAAGUUAUCAUGGAUUUGCAUUUCAUUGAUAGUUGGCACCUGUGUGUUUGAGUCAAAGGUGCGUAGAGACCACGCGCUUUGACACCUCAAGAUGUUAGGUCCGGGCAAUAACAUCAAAGUGCUCAGUGACAGCGACCUUCAAUCACACCUGAAAUUCAAAGGAAUAUUUUUAGGGCCUUUUUAUAACCCGAGAGGGUUCGGACUGCCGAAAACAACGAGUUUCUCUUGACAUUCUCACAUAUACAAAAAUUAUGUCCCGUAGACUCCUUGGGGUAUUGGAACGGAUCAUUCAUUCACAGUAAGUUGUUCAGAGGUUCAUAGUACAAUAUUACAUUUUUCUUAACAUAUUUUUUUUUCUUUCAUAGGCCAAUGGUAUGCAGGCUUUAUAA